AUGGCGACGUCAACGUACACCUCUGUCGUUCUAGCGAAGCGCCCCAAAGACAACAUCGUCGCCGGCGAAACGUUCAAAGUCGUCUCGGACAACCCUGUACCCGCGGCAGACAGUCUCAAGGAUGGAGAGGUGCUUUUCGAGACCAAUUACCUCAGCAUCGACCCUGCCAUGCGCGGCUGGCUCAACGACACGAGAUCGUACGUCCCGCCGGUCGGCGUCGGGGAAGUCAUGCGUGGGUUGGUCGUCGGCACGGUCAAGGCGAGCAAGGACCCGUCGUUCCCCGUGGGGAGUUACGCGACGGGGACCGUCGGCUGGAGGGAACUGAAGGUCUGCAAGGCGAAGAAGGAGUUGCAAAAGGUCCAUUUACCCAGAGGGGCCCAGUUGACGGAUCUGCUCAGCGUGCUUGGAAUGACUGGCCUGACGGCUUACUUUGGCAUCUUGGACGUCGGAAAAGUCAAGGCCGGCGACUUCGUGGUCGUAUCUGGAGCUGCAGGCGCCACGGGAAGCGUGGUCGGACAGAUCGCCAAAUUGAAGGGUGCCACCGUCUUGGGCAUUGCUGGAAGCGAUGACAAGUGUCGCUGGCUCGUCGAGGAGCUCGGGUUUGACGGAGCCUUGAAUUACAAGGACAAGCAGUUUUUCAAAAAGUUCAGGGACGCCACCAAGAACCUGAUUGAUGUGUACUUUGACAAUGUUGGAGGAGAGGUUCUCGACAUGGCUCUCGGAAGGGCCAAACCUCACGCGAGAUUCGUCAUGUGCGGUGGAAUAUCACAGUACAACACGUCGAAGCCGCAAGGACCAAAGAACUACUUGAUGAUCAUCUCAAUGAGAAUCCGAAUGGAAGGAUUCAUCGUCUUCGAUUACGAGAAGGAGUACCCCCGAGCUCUUCGAGAUCUAGGCCAAUGGCUAUCAGAGGGCAAGAUCAAACGAAAAGAGACCAUCGUCAAGGGCGGCCUUGUGAAGGCAGAGGAAGCGUUGCGGGACUUGUACAAUGGCAUCAACACCGGGAAAUUGAUGGUCGAGGUCAAGCCUGUCGCCACAAAGGCUCAUCCUUCGCUAUAA